CCUUAUAAAGCCUUCUAAUACUCAGUAGCGAUCAAACUUCAUUGCAAAAUUAAUAUUUGUUAUUGUUCUCAAGAUAUUAAAUGUCUUUAGAUGCGUUCGCCGAUGAACUGCUAGUGCGGCAUUGAGUUAUAUCCGCAGUUCGGAGUAAAUUUGUGCUUACUUUCACUACAAUCGAAAUAUUAAAUUAAGCCAUGAUGAGGGAAUCGGCUCACGACAUAAACAUGGACACCUGGAAGCAGUGGAUCCUCGAGGCCAUAUCAAAGAUCAGGUCCCAGAAGCAGAGGCCCUCCGUGCAGCGGAUUUGCCAGGCCAUUGGCACUCACCACAAGUUCCAUGAGGACAUUGUGGCCGAGAAACUGGAGAAGGCCGUCGAGUCGGGAGCUGUGAUCAAGGUGUACAACAAGGGUUUGCACUCUUACAAGGCCCCGAUGGCCAAGCGUCGCAUCAAGGUGGAUAAGAACACCAAUCUGUACAAACUGGUGGCCAAGGCGGUCCACGAUCUGGGCGAAUGCGAGGGAUCCACCAUCAAGAGCAUAGAGAACUACAUCCAGAAGUUCAAUUGCAUCGACCUGUCUCCUAAUGUCGACUUCAAGGCCGUGAUCAAGGCGUCCAUCAAGAAGGCUGUGGAUGCCGGCUUUCUACUCCAGGAGGGAAAGUUAUACAAAAAGGGUAAAUCCCUGACGACACCCCGGAAGUGCGCACCAACCUCAGAUGUGGUAAUCAAGGGCGAGGAGAGCUGCACCCACUGUGCGGGCAACUCGCAGAAAAACCUCAAUGGCAUCCCAGAGCCACUGAGCUCCUGCAAACAGUGCGGUAUCUCCCUGCACACCACGUGCGCCAAUAUCGCGGGCCGGUGCAAAUCCCAAUCCUACGUGCUGCUCUACAUGCUCGUCACCAAAGGCACAAUCUGGGAUUGCCAGAACUGCGCUGACUGUGCCGUCUGCAAAAUGCGCAACCGGGGACCUUGCCUGCUGCAGUGCUUCGUGUGUAAAGACCACUUUCAUCUAACUUGUCUUGAUACGAUCCCAGACAAGAAGCCCAAGCAUCCGUACAGAUGUAAAACAUGCUCCAAACAAAGCAUAGAUAAUCCAAAGUUGGUAAGGAAAGACAAUUCACGAAUAAAAAUGGAGAUGGGAAAUGAGAGAAUGGCUGAUAGACAUGCAUCCAAUAAGCGGCAAUCCAUCAAAAAAGAAGGCAACAUCGAGAGUCCUUCCACCUCAAAACUUUGCGUUUACAAUGACGGCAAUGGCCAGAGGAGAAAAAUGCCGGUGAGCCUAAGCUCCAAAAAACUUAAUCACAGUGAAGAUCAGUUCGAGUUUCCCGGCAAGCAGAAGAGGUCGCAAAUAUUACAGGGAGGCUACUUGGCUAGCCAGGAAACGCGCAAGCGUACCUUUUCGGAUCUGUCCUCUACGAGUUCGUCCAGCGAAAGUGAAGAUGAAGACGAUGAGGACGACGAAAGGAAUAGGAAUGGCGAUGACAACGACCAGGACGAGAGCACUUCCUCGGAUUCGUGCACUUCAUCGAGCUCAGACUCUGACUCCAGCGAGAGUUCGAGCGACAGCUCCGAGUGCGAUGACGAGAACGACGAGGAGGACUAUGACACCGAUCGGAGCACGCUGAAGGGAAAGAUCUUCGAGAAUGAGAAACAGAGCUGUGCUAAACUCAAUACCGUCGACGGUCUAGGGUCUCCGCAUAACAAUGAAGCGACAAGUGAGAACUGGGGGUUCGCUGCCGUGGCAAAAAACCCAAUUGACAUAUUUGUAAAAUCAAAAAAUAACGCCAGUGCCAAGAGCAUUGGUUACACCAAGCCAGCAGCGAGCACGUUUGCCACGUCCCCCGCUUCAAAUCGAGGGCAAAAGAGCGCCCCAGUAGCUUCUUCCACUCCAGAUAAAAAUUCCACAACCAUUGGCGCUAUGACCAUUAGGCGUCAGACGGCAAACGGGCAGAAGAAAAAGGUUGUUCCCUUGAAGAGUAUGCCCCUCGAAGCGGGCAAAUCGUACGAGAAGUGCGAGGAUGACAUUCCGUAUCUAACAGAGGAGACUGUUAUGAAAGUUCAAUUGCUGGAGGAGAUUGAACGAUGCAGAGAGACCCGCAGCGAGGCUGAUGGAAAACCAGAAAUGAACAACGAUGAGGAUGUGCCCGGGGAAAACGCAAAGCGUGCCAACCCCUUCGAGAACCAGCCCCUGCCGCCUGGUGUGACCGCCACCGACGUGGAAUUAUACCAAGAGGUUCUCCACAAGGCUGUAGUUCAAAUGUCCAAUAAUCACAUCGAGAAGGCAAAUGAUGUAAGCCUAAAGCCCGGACAAAACACCCAGAGUCCCAAGUCGAUCCAAAUCGGAAAGUGGGACAUUGAAACCUGGUACUCCAGCCCCUUUCCGCAAGAGUACGCCAGGCUAUUGAAACUGUUCUUGUGCGAGUUCUGCCUCAAGUACACAAAGAGCCGUUCUGUGCUAGACAGACAUCAAAACAAGUGCAUUUGGAAGCAGCCGCCGGGCACGGAAAUCUUUAGGCAAGGAAACAUAUCCGUGUUCGAGGUGGAUGGCAACGUAAACAAAAUAUAUUGUCAAAACUUGUGUCUGCUGGCCAAGUUCUUUCUCGACCACAAAACACUGUACUACGACGUGGAACCUUUUCUAUUCUAUAUUCUGACUAAAAACGAUCAAAGCGGUUGCCAUCUAGUGGGCUACUUCUCUAAGGAAAAGCACUGCACGCAAAAGUACAACGUUUCCUGCAUUCUGACGAUGCCGCAGUAUCAGAGGCAAGGAUACGGCCGUUUUCUGAUCGACUUCAGUUACCUGUUGAGCCGCGAAGAGGGACAGUUGGGUACGCCGGAGAAGCCGCUCUCGGAUCUGGGCCGACUUUCGUAUUUUUCCUACUGGAAAUCCGUUGUGCUGGAGUACUUGUACAAGUAUCGCAACAACACAAAGAUAACCUUCAAGGAUAUAGCCAUCAAAACGGGUCUGGCUAUUUCUGACAUUGCCCUGGCCUUCGAAUUAUUGAACUUUAUUAAGCUAAGGAAGAACGAUGGAGACAUAAGGUACCAGAUAAAUGUGAAAAUCGAUUGGAAGAAAGUGGUUGCUCACCACAACAAAAUGGCGAACAGUAAAACUCGAAUAAUCAUAGAAGCCGACUGCUUGAGAUGGAGUCCGCUGCUGUCGGCCUCGAAGCUACCAAACAUAAUCAAGCCAAUUUCCAAUCGUGAAUAUUUGAACAACCAAAUUGAGAAAAAGUCAGAUUUUAAGGAAGCUAAUGAAGACGCAAAGAUGAGCGUUAAGCCUAAUGUAUCCCCCACCCCAAAGCCAAAUCCGGGAUGUCUCGAAUUGCCUGCUAAGAAGCGGGGGCCCAGUUCCGAAAAAUUGUUUGACGACCGAGAAAAUCAGCGAAAACGUGCAUGCCCGGAGGAGUUCUUAAAAUCGGCUGUUAAUGAGGCAAAAAAAUGCAAGGUGGUCGCAGCACUGCCACCCAUUGAGGAUCAGUCCUUUGGCGAGCUCUCGGACUCAUCGGAUUGUAAGUCUUCUAAAGAACUCUCUGAGCAGUUGACCAAGAGGGCCCAACGACUGGCCAAACGGAAUGACCUAAUCCCCCACACCAAUAAAAGGAAGCACUUCGAUCGCACGCUUGAGAGUAGUGUCAGCUUAAGCGAAGAAAAUCCGCCGGUGCAAAGUCAAUCGGAGAUGGCAGGAACCGAAUGUGGUCCCAAAUUGGCGGAAACAGCUGCCAAGGAAGUAUGCAAGAGUGUUGUGGAAAAGGAGCACGUCGACAAACCGGUUAACAUUGUACCCAAGCUGCGGGGCAAACAGUCUAAUGGCAAACGCUCCGAGGAGUCGCAGUUCAAUGGGAACACACCAUCAGAGCCAGCCGAAGUUUCGUCGAUUAGUCCAGCCAAGGAAACCACUAAGGAGUUGGUAAGGGUGGCUAAAACGGAGAGCCCCGAGAAAAGUCAGGAGUCGUCAAACAACGAGGGCGAACCUAACAGUGUAAGCGAUCAAGUGCUCGAUGCAGUGGCUAAGAAAACCAAGAAGACGCUGUUCUCCGAAGUAACGUCCUACAACACUGAAGACGUGAAAUAUAAUACGCUGGAUAAGCCGGUGGUAAAGCAACCUGAUCCGAAAGAAAGCCCCAAGGAAGUAAAACCCCCACUGGAAGUUCCUGAGCAAAAGCCCAAGCCUAAGAGUCCCGAAAAAACGGAUACAGUAAAAGUAUCUGCAGAGCCCGUUCCAGAGCAGGUAAUUGUUCCUGUAAGUACGGAGAAGAUAUCAAGUUCUGCGGACCAAAGCAAACUAGAGUUGGAUGUGAACUACUUGAAGCUAUCUCCAGACUCAGCGCCGAUUCCUCCAGCAACGCCAGAGCAGAAACCACUGCCAGAGGCUCCAGUUCCAGCUCCAAGUGACCAGAAAGAAAAAGCUAAGGAAACCAUUAUCGUUAAACCUGUUGAAACUUCACAGCGGUCUCCAGAAUUGGAAAGGAUUAAAAAAGUUGAAAACCCUGUGCCUAAUCCACCAGCGCACCGUGCUGAGGCUACUUCCCAUUCGGAGCAACCAGCACCUCAGCCGGUGAAGCCAACACCGGAGAAAGCUGAGCAGCCUGUGGCCAAGGAGCAUGCCGACAUUAAGGAUAAGGCAAUUAAGAAACCAGUGCCGGAAGUACCAGUUGUAAAGCCUGAAGUAAAUAGCAACGAGAAGAAGUACGAUCCCAGCAAGGUGAAAGUGGCCCCCGAAAAGGAAGUCAUCAAGGCGGACCAACAACUAGUGCAGGUCAAGGAGGAGGAGAAGUCGAAUGCCAGGGCGCCCUCGGCACCUAUCCCCAUACGGGACAAGAUCCAACUGAAGGGCAACGAGCAUGCCCAGUUGCAGAACUCCAUACCCUCUCAGUUCCCGCUUAAUCAGAUGCCCAACUAUCACAACCCGCAGUACUGGCAAUGGGAUUACUACGGCUACAAUCUUUCGCACUUGGACGCCUCGCAAAAGGGACAGAAGCAGUUUCACAAAGACCUGGCCACGAGCAUGGCCUACACGCACAACUUUACGCAAAACCUCUAUCAGUCCGCCAACCUGGCCAUGCAACACGCCCACCACCAGAUGCAACAGACCAAGGAGAAGCACAAGGUGGAGCGCAAGAACAAUGGCAAGAAGGAGGAGCAGUCAAAGGUUGUGUCCAGUGUCAGUAAUGUGGUCAGCACUGCCCGCGAGGAGGCGCAUGUCCAGCAUUGCAACGAGUACGCAGCUAACAACCAGGCGGCCAUUUACAAUCAAAAAUGCACUCAGCAGAAGCAGGCGCAGCAAAUGAAGUCCCUGGCCAACGGCCAGAACCCGGGGCCACGGCAAAGCAACCCCAACCCGGCUGAGUCGACCGUUCUGAUGCCCAAUGCAGUGAAUUCUCAGGCUGGAACUGUACCCGCCAAGCAGAAAGUCGAGCACGGCGUCAACGCGACUUCGGUCAUUUCGCGCGAGGGAAAGCUCAAUAAGAUUGGCCAUCCCAACAUUCACGCCUCCGUCCAGCAUGCCAAUCUUCAGGUGAGCGGCGGCCAAUCCGAAGUCAACCCAAACAUGGUUUACAACACGGAGUCUUCGGCCAACUCGGCCAUGCAGCACUACGAUUGCGGAAUCAGUGGGCAAAUAAACAUUGAUUCGCCGGCCAAUAUUGGCACCGCCAUCGCGCACGGCUCGCAGGAAAUCGCAGCGACAUCCAAUGUACACAUGCAUCAGCCGCACAGGCAGUUCUCCGACUGCUCCAUGCAGAACCAACCCGUCACCACGCCCAUGCACAUGUCCAUACAGAACUCCCACAUGCAGCAGCAGAACAACCUGAAUAUGAACCUGGCACCGGAGGGUUCGCCAAACAUCAAUCUCUUGAGCAAUCCGCAGCACCAGCACCAGAGCAGGAAAUUGAAUACCCAGGCGGACAUCGCAGCCAGUUCACCGACACCUUCUCACAGAGCCACCACGCCCAAGCAAAUACGCGCCGGAAAUGCCCAGCAGCGGGACACUAAAAACGCGGCGCCAGCCACAACCACAACCAAUACUCAUCAUCAGAUUCCCCAGGGCGGAGCUACGGCGAAUAUUUCCAAGUCGCAUCACGACUCCCUGCACAAUCUGCAGUUCUCGCAGCACGGUCACCAGCAGAAUAUGCAGCCCAUCGAUUACGUGCCCAUUCCGCAGAUCAGUCAGAACUUCUCGGCCAAUCCCUCGAACUAUGACAUCGUUAGCAUGCCGGCGGUGAUUCAGCAGCGGAUGUCGCUCAACAGUUCCGUACACUCGCUCGCCAACAGCCAUCAGCGCAUAGAGCAGCCAUCGUCGGCGUGUGCCGUCAACAAUUUCUACUUGCAAAACAACAUGCCGGCUGCCGAGAAUGCGCCGCGAGUACCGGUGUCGAGUUCCCUGGGAGGUCCGCCAUCGGCGGGCAACAAUGACCAGCGACAGGCGGGUCAGGAAUCGAUAGCCGCAGCCAAUAGCAGUGGGGCAACCGCAUCGCUGGCAGGCAACUUGUGCAGCCUGUCCAAGCUGCAGCAGCUUACCAACUGCUUGGAGAGCCAGCCAUGUAACACGUCGCCGGGUGCCCAGGUGAACCUAGCCCCCUCGCCGCACCAUCCCAUUCCGCCGAACUCAAUGACCCCUCCGCCGCACCUGCUGAUGCAGAACAGGAACAUCUCCACGCCGCCCAACAUGCUGCAGACGCAGGUGACGCCGCUGCAGUACAAGUACUAUCCGGGCAACAUGAACAUCGCGCCCAUUACGUCGGCGCAGAACACGAGCCGGAACACGCGCAACACACCCUCGGCCCCGGUGCAGCACACCUCGACGCCCAUGGGCAGCGGCAACAACCGGACCGCCAAUGUCCACAUCAGUCCGAACCUGAUGGCUCCCUACGGGGCCAUCAACAGCUACCGGAUGUCGCCGCAGCAGUCCCCGCCCACUGGAAGCUACAGCUCGGGGAGCGAAUACCCCAACUCGCAGAUUCCGAUGCAGAUGAUGAAUAUGCAAUCUCAGUACCAGGAUGCCUGCGUGCUGCAGCGAGGCACUCCAUCCAACCCGAUGUAUCCCACGUAUUCCCCCUACUUACCUCUCAACGGUUCUAUUCGCAGAUAAUAGAUGCGCACAUUUUAUAUGUUAUUGUAUUGAGUAUGAUUGUAUAUAAAUGUGUGCUGUAAAUAAAUAAAUAUUACGUCAAUUUAACAAUUCAA